CGCACAGGCAGAUGGAAUUGGAGCAGUCUGACAGAAAGCCCUCCACAGCAACGACAAAUCAGACAGCUUAGACACCCAGCAAGCCUUUACUAAUGUAGAAUAUCUUGCCGAAAUUCGUGAUUCCCGGGGGUGAAUGGCGGGGAAAUAUGGAAAACAACGGAAUAAGAACGAAUGAAGUCAUGGCCUUGGAUGUCGAAGCUCUCGAAGGAGCGGAUAAGAUCUCUUGCAGACGCUCUUAUGACAAAUCCAAAAGGACAUAGUUAACUAAGGGGCCUCCUCCUUCAGCAACGAUAUCCUGGUUUUGUCUCUCCGGGUCAUUAUUAUAAAUGUAUUCUCGUACCCUCCCCCGCAUUGUGUCAACAUCUUCUACCCCUCAAGCUUCAUCUCGCGCAAUUUCCCGGCUAUCCUCCAUCACCACUCAUCUUCUCCCCCACCCAACCCACCAACAAAAUAUACCACAUCGCCCACCCCAUCGUAACAUCACCACAAUGCCUCCCAUAUCGUCCACUAUGAAAGCCAUUGUCGCCGAGAAAGUCGGCGGCCCUGAGGUCCUCGAAGUCCGAACCAACCACCCCGUCCCCACCCCGCAAGAAGGCCAGCUGCUGGUCAAGAACAACAUCAUUGGCAUAAAUUACAUCGAUACCUACUUCCGCACCGGCCUCUACCCUUCGCCAAAGCCCGAAAUCCUAGGCCGCGAAGCCGUCGGCACGGUCGUGGCUCUCGGGCCCGGCGCGAACCCGUAUAACUUCCAGGUUGGCGAUCGCGUUGCGUGGAUGGCUACCGGCUCAUACGCAGAGUACACUGCCGUUCCUCAGGCAAAGACCGUAAAGGUGCCGCAGGGUAUCUCGGAUGAAGAUGCCAUGGCUUCGUUUUUGAGUGGCUUGACUGUUCUGUCCUUUGCGAAGGAGACGUAUCCCGUUCAGAAGGGGGAUUGGGUGCUCUUGCACGCGGCUGCGGGUGGUGCUGGGUUCCUCAUGACUCAAAUUCUGAAGGAUAUUGGGGCCAAAGUUAUCGGCACCGCUGGUGGAAAGGAGAAGGUCGAGCUUGUUAAGAGCCUGGGAGCCGAUUAUGUGAUUGAUUAUCGCAGUGAGGAGGGCAAGGAUUGGGUUAAGAAGGUCAAGGAGAUUACCAAUGGUCGGGGAGUGGAUGUUGUCUAUGACUCUGUUGGAAAGGACACCUGGGAAGGCAGCCUGGAAGCCGUUAAACGCAAAGGAACUAUUGUCUGGUUUGGAAAUGCCAGUGGCCCAGUCCCCCCUCUGCCAUUACCCAAACUAAGCCCCAAGUGUGUCAAGAUCGCACGGCCAACCUUGUUCGGCUACAUCGAGACUCGGGAAGAAUUCGAAUACUAUGUUAACGAACUGUUCAACUUGCUUUCGACCGGCAAACUAAAGGUAAAGAUUCACAACGUGUAUCCUUUGGAUCAGGUCGCGCAAGCGCAUAUCGACCUAGAAGGACGAAAGACAACCGGAAAGUUGCUUCUGAAAGCGUAAGGGGGCAACAACGGCAACAGAUGUAGUGACAGACUAAUAAAUCUAUCUUAUGAGAACAUCCUAAUGGCUUUCCGUAGUGCCUCCUAAGCUUU